GGUGCUAAGACGUGUUCGUUCAUCAAAACCAUAUAAACAACGUAUUACUGUUUGGUUUAAAUCAGUUCAGUGCUUCCACCUUAUGAGUUUCUCCGUCGGUCUCCAAUGGGGUCUGGUGGCCCUGGGCUGCGUCAUAUUGGUCUUCCUUCAUAUUUGGCGUUGCAGACGUUCUUGUCGUGCACAACCUCGUCCAAGAAAUGCCGGUGUACCCUUGCCUGAAGACGCCGGCGGCUCUGCGAAGGAGGGGAAACCUGAUCCCCCAACGCCUCUCGCUGACCCCGAGGACGCCCUGUACCUCGAGCCCAGAAAGGUCGUGAAAAUGGAAGAGUCGACAGAAUACGCCAACCUGAACCCAGACAUCUCGAGCUCCCAAGCUGAAGGAAUUCUGAACAGGCUGAUUGACUCCGUAGCGGCACAGACGCUGUUCUUGAGUGUUCCCGUGCAGCGAGAGGAAAUGUACAACUGUAACAAGUAUCCUGAAAACUUGCUGAAAAAUUGGUCUAAAACCCUUCUACCUUAUGACAAGACAAGAGUUGUGUUGGCUCCACUCUUCGAGAUGUCUUCCUCUGAUUACAUCAACGCGAGCCACGUUAAGGGCUUCGGUGGAAGCCUGAGAUACGUGGCCGCCCAGGGCCCCCUCGAGCACACCGUCACGGAUUUCUGGCGGAUGGCGUGGGAGCUGCGUGUGUCUGCAAUCAUCAUGCUUGCCAAGUUCCAUGAAACGUCGGAGAUGUACCCUCAGUGCCAACUUGCCACAUACUUAAGGGUCGGUCCGCCACUGAAAGGUAAUGGAUACACUAUCACGGCCCUCAGAUCACGCCUGGAAAAGAAUUUCUCUGUGACAACUGUUAAGAUUGAGCAUGACGGAUCCACGCGCACCCUGGAGCAUUACCAUCACAUCGGCUGGGACAAAGACACGCUAGAUGUUCCAAGGAACCUGGCUGCCAUGCUUCGGUGUUUCCUUAUCAGGCAUAACGAAGGUGAAGUGGUGAUUCACUGCACCGACGGCCUGAGACGAACCAGCGUAGUGCUGUUGGCAUUACUGAUGAUUGAGUCGAUCCUUAGCGAGGGGUGUUUGAGGAUCAAGGAGGCGCUCUCGAAAGUGCGGAAAUGCCGGCCUGGAAUGGUCUCGAAGCAGGAGGAUUUCAACCUUGCCCUGGAAAUUGUGGAUGAGCUUCUGCAUGGCACUGCUACUGCCUGCGCGGCCGAUGAUUUCAACAGGAAUUUAUCAAAAAUCUCACAGAGUUCGCAGGCGCUGUUCAGGAAGGCCCACGUGCUCGAGUCCAUCUCGGUAUCCGAGGCAGCCCAGCGGUAUCCUGCUUGCCUCGACUUGCACCGAUUUCCGAGCAUCAUCCCGCUUGACACCCGUCGAGUGGUUCUUCAGAGCGAGGAUCAGGUCGCCGACGAGAACCUCCAUGACGCUGACAGAGACAAAGAGGAGCAUGAUAAGAAGAGUCUCCAACAGGAAAACGAGGGGCCGUGUGAGGACAGACGCCGUCCAAGUGAAAGUUACAUCAACGCUGUGUGGGUUGACAGCCACGACCGACGAUUUGGCUUUGUGGUGACCGAGCAUCCGCUGGCGGACAUGCGGGAGCGGUUCUGGCGACUUGUGGUUCAGAACCGCUGUGCAAAUGUUGUCUUUUGCAAUGAUUAUUCCAAGGUUGACCAAGAAUUUCCGAAUCUCCUGCCAGUAAAUGGAGGAGAAAUGAACUUUGGUAAAUACUUGGUACAAGUGUUGGCUGUUCAAGCACCAGCGAAGCAUGUUAUCAGAUACCAAGUAAAUGUCACGCCAAGUCAGUCACGGAACGCACCUCUGAUGGUAACCGUGUACAAAAUUACUGCCUGGCCCUUUGGACAGGAGCUCCCAGAUUCCUCGAAGGUGGUGGGCGAUGUGGCCAACCUGCUCUGUGAUGCUCCCUCCAUACCCGACGGGGGCCCGACCCUGUUUUGCUGUGGAGACGGUGUGACGGCGAGUGGCUUGCUCGCAGGGACCGUGUGUGUAGUGCAGAGGCUGAGGGACAGCCGAGAGGUCGACAUAUACCGUACGGUUGUUAAGCUGAAAAGGUGCCGCCAUGAAUUUAUCACUUCCGUGACCCAGUUUGAAUUCCUGCAUUCUGUAGCUGCUCGUCACAUCGCCGCCACAAUGGUCUACGAGGAGUGCGACUGAGCGACCUGCGACGAGAGGAGCAAGAAGAUUGCUCCAAUUCAGAAGCGUUAAGAAGGCAAAUUUGAUCAAUGAUCAUAAUAGUCGUGACGAUAAAUUUGAGGAUGAUAAUGCUGAUUACUAUCUUAACCCUCGUCCCUAUUACAGUUAUGAUUAGCAAGUUUUUUUUUUUCCUUUUCGUUUGUUUUUGCUGUUUUGUCAGAAACAUUUCAUGUUAGUUUUUGGUUGUUACUGAACGUAAGCAUUUAAUGACUACAUUAUUUAUAUCUUCCAGUAAUACACUUAUUUUCAUGUUGCAUAUAUCAAAACAAUAAUACUUAUGAAAAGUUUCUCCCAAUCAGACGUCAAACGGGUACUGCUGAAGCCCGUGAGCUUGUUAGACCCUGUUCAGACAAGCGACUUUAGUGUCGCGACUGCUAGAAGCGCGACUGCCAGGUCAAUGGACGAGUCGGGCCACUGUAAGAGCAGUGCGUGAACAUUUACUCAGUAGUCGCGUUUCAAGCAGUCGGACCGCUAAAAUCGCUCGUCUGAACAGGGCCUUAGUCCAUAGUGGUCGUACGCUCCCUUUACUAGGAGAAUGUAUGCUUCUUGUAUAUGUAGUAAUAGUCACUUGUUUUUGUAGGUGUAUGGGAUGUUACCUUACAGAACGUCCGUAUAAUUAUGUAGAAUUAAGAUAAUGAUGGUAUUGAAAAGAUUUUGAAAUAAGACGAAAUUCUGAAAUGAUAAUGAUAAGAAUAAUAGGAAUGAUAGCAAUGAUUAUGAAAAUAAUGAUGGUGAUAGUAAUAAUUAUGAUGAUCAUGAAAAUAAUGAUCAUGAAAACAAUGAUGGUGAUAAUAAUUAUGAUACUGGUGAUAAUAAUAAUGAUGAUAAUAAUAAUGAUAGUAACAAUAAUUGAAAUAACAAUGAUGACAAUAAUCAUGAUAACAAUAAUUAUAGUAAUAUUUGAUAUGAUAAAGAAUUGGCGAUGAUUUGAUGUUAUUAAGGAAAUAAAGUAGUACGAAAAUCUAUCUCUCCCCCUCUCUCUCUCUCUCUCUGUAUAUAUAUGUGUGUGUGUGUUUCUGUCUGUCUCUCAGCAGUCUGACCUAAAUUAAA